CGAUGCUGUGGUGUAUCCAGAGAGAUUUUCAAUUCGAAUUUGCUAACCUUAGGUGCCGAAUAUGGAUCGCAGUUUUAAUUGAAAUUGCUUGGCAUUUGAGCUAUUAGUUGGGUGGCUAUAAAAUACCCAGAGGCUUUCUAAGAACCACCCGUUAUUUGUUUUGCAAAGCUCAUGAUCCAAACUAUCCAACAACGUAAUGCCACGUAAUGUUACAGGCGAAUCAUCGGCCCGGUGAAUUUUCAGUUUUAUCGUUCGUUAUCUGGAUACGUUGUUCCUAACACAAAGUAGUGCAAACAUCGUUCGUUAACGCUUUUGCAAAAAUAAUAGAAAGUCUACGGAAGUUGCCGAUCACAAAAGAUUCGUCAUAUAGGAUGGAUACAGUGCUGCAAACAGUUGGCGUGAUUUGCAUUGCACUGUUUUCAAUAUCGUUUGGUUAUGGCACGGAAACUAAACAUAAUAUCAUAUACGCGAUCAAUGCAGGCGGAGAAGCGCAUUCUGAUUCGCAUGGAAUUCACUAUGCUAGAGAUCCACUAAUGGGGAAAGUCGGCACGGAGUCAGAUUACGGCAGACAGUUAUUAGUUAUCAAUAGAGUUAUGCCGAAUGACGAGAUUCUUUAUCAAACGGAGCGCUACCACCAUGAUACAUUCGGGUACGAACUCCCAUUGGCCGGCGAUGGAGAUUAUGUACUUAUUUUGAAGUUCUGUGAAGUAUACUUCAAUGGGCCAAAUAUGAAAGUGUUUGACGUACUACUGAACCGCCAUACGGUUCUACCUGAUCUCGACAUAUAUGCUCUAGUAGGUAGAGGCACGGCUCAUGAUGAGUACGUGUAUUUUUCGGUGUCGCGUGGUAGAAUGUACUUCAAAGGAGAUAGUUCUGAAAUUCGCGGAGGCAAGGUGAAACUUGAGUUUUUGAAAGGCUUUAAAGAUAACCCGAAAAUCAAUGCAAUCGUUCUUAUUAAAGACUUCGAUGAGGCAAGUCUUCCUCGUUUAGGACCAAUGAACAAUAAUAAUGUAGCAAAACCGCAUACGAGUGUCCAUGGCGAAUCGUUUGAUGGAUCCUUACCGGUAAACAAUCACAAUGGACAGUUAAAUGAGUGGGGCAAUGAAGUGUUGUUAGACGACAUCCUCAGCGAAUCUUCUGAAGAAACGACUAAGUCAUCUUCAAAGCAGCGGAAAACCAGUGGCCCGAAGCAGCCAAAUCCAUAUUCACUCGACGAAUCUUCUAUGAUGCUUCCAGUGUUCAUCGCAAUCGGCGCCUUCAUACCGUUGCUGUUUUGUUUAUGCAAGCUGUGAUGGUAAUAUUGGAUCAAAAUAAUGUUUGUAGCGUUACAAAAAUGUUAAAAUUUCCCGCUGAGCAAAUUUCACCCAGCUUGUGGAGUAAUAACCAAAAUACCAUACAAACAAUUUUUUUUUAUUAGAUUCCGUGGUAUUUUUUUUAAGUACAUUUUUUUAUUUAUGUUUGCUGGUAUAGUAUAAUACUAUUGUCCGGAUAUUCAAUAACAUUGGUAAGAAUAACCAAGAAUACUAGCUCUUCUCUUUUAUUUCUGCGAUCUGCUAUGACAUUUAUUUUAGCAUUGUGCAAUAUUUCUAUGAAAAACUCAUCCACACGUUAAUUGUCAACUCUAAUGAACCCAAACGCAGUACUUAAUCAGAGAUACUUCACAUUAGCAAUGAUUCAAUAUGGUAGCGUACUUUGGUAUUAAUUUAAGGAAGGGGUUCAAGGCACCUUAAGUAUUUUAGCUAGUUUAAUUGUAAAAAUAAUGAGAUGUGAAUGUACCAGA